GAGUUGGAGAUUUCAUCAUUCCCUUCCUGAUUCGAGUGACACUCUUCUGUUUCCGCGGCGCCGGCACCCGCCCCCGCCCCCGGCGGCACCGGCAGGCUGCUGCAGGACUGAGCACCUCAAACCCUACCCCACCAGAGUAGGGUUUCUCGGUAGGGCUCGGAUGGAUUCCCAGAGUCGGAGGGAGCGGGCACGCCGCGCCUUCGACGCCAUGAAGCCUCUGGGCUGCUCCAAGAAGGAGGUCAUCCCCGUCCUCAAGAACCUCCUCCACCUCUUCGACAACUCCUGGGAGCUCAUCGAGGACGAUGGCUACCGCGCCCUCGCCAACGCCAUCCUCGAAGCCCGCGACCGCCCCCAGGAUGAUGGGGACCAGGAGCAUUACAGCAACACUACAAGAGGGGUUCGGCUUCCUCCGGAGGGGGAGGACUGCCGGCCCCGGCCUUCUACUUCCCGUGCCAUCCACGGCGGUCCUUGCGACUUGGAUAGUGGGACCGAGGCCCUUCGCAUCAAGAGGCCCAGGAUCAGCGCUACUAGUGUCACAGCAGGUCGCUCUAUUGAUCCCAGGUCUCACGCCUCCGCGGCGCAAGCGCUAGAUGGACCUAUAGGUGUUUCGUCUGAGCUGAACCAUCCACAGAUCGGGGCCUCAACCCGAUAUCAUCGGCCCACCGCAGAUGGCGUGCCUUCACUGGGGAAUGCUGCACAAAAGAGGGCAAUACAGAUGAUGGAUGAAGAUUUCCAACAUGCCGUCUUCUUGAGGGAGCCUAAACCUGAACCUGAUACUGAUGAUCUACAAUGCACUGCCCCUGCAUCCAGCUGUCAGAAUGCCCAACCUGGCUGCAUUACUUCCCAUCUGCUCAAUGCCAGCACCUCAGAUACUCCACCUGUUCAUGCUCCAUUACAGAUUUCAGGUGCUAAUGGCAGGACAGCCCAGCAUUAUAGAAGAAGUGCGGCGUCUACUUCCUUUGUUGAACCUAUAAAUAGCAUGAUGAAGCAACCUCAAAGUCUGGGAAAUGGGUUGGACUAUGCAACUGUGAUGCACAAUUCUGGGACAGGAUCUGCAGCUGGAAAAACUCAGGAAGCACCUUGUUUACACACUAUUGUAGCUUCAUCCGCUAUGGGUGAGGUUGAGAUGUCAAUCAAAUGCAGCAUAGACCCAUCAAAAUUCCACAUGCCUGAUUUAGCAGCAGUUUUCAAGAUGGUUGAGGAAAAAUGUCUUCGCUCACACAAGAGUCUCCCACCUGAUUUUUCCAUAGCUGGCCUCAUCAAGCAGAUAUGCCAGUGUGUCGCACAACUAGGCAGUGAUCAUACUGCAGAACAUAAUAAACAAUCAGAUGCUUCUGGCAAUGUUGGAAGCUCACAGAAUAAGCCAACAACGAGUACUGCCCCAUCCUUGAAACCAAUUGAUUGCAUGAACAGCAGAAGCGGGAAAUGCAAAGCUGUAGAAGAAUCAUUGAUUAUGGAAGCUUCAGAGAAUGGCCCACCAAAUUCAACUACUGAUCAGCAGGCCCAUUUGGCACUAUCUCCCAAUGGGUCUACCCAUGAUUUAUCUGACAUAUCAAAGGGACAAGAAAGAUCAAGUAUAUCAGCGGUAAACGAAUUUGGUAGUGAGAAUUGUUUACCUUCCUUUUAUUAUAUACCAAGAAAUCUUGUUUCCCAAGAGUCCUAUGUUAACUCUGUUGAAACAAUUGGUGACAAGGAUUGUUGUUCUGAUUGCUUUGGCAACUGCUUGUAUGCCCCUGAACCAUGUGCCUGUGCAAGAAAAACUGGUGGUGAAUUUGCAUAUACACCAGAUGGAUUGGUUAGGACAGAGUUUCUUGAUAAGUGUGUCUCUAUGAACCGAUUUCCAGAAAAACAUAAUAUGUUCUUCUGUAAAUCUUGCCCACUUGAGAGGAUCAGGAACGAGCCUUCACCAGAGCUUUGCAGGGGCCAUAUUGUUAGGAAAUUUAUCAAGGAAUGCUGGAGUAAAUGUGGUUGUAACAUGGAAUGUGGUAACCGUGUAGUUCAACGUGGUAUAACAUGCAAUCUGCAGGUGUUUUCAACACGGGAAGGGAAGGGGUGGGGGCUACGCACACUUGAUGAACUUCCAAAAGGAGCUUUUGUCUGUGAAUAUGUUGGGGAGUUGCUAACAAAUACGAAGCUACAUGAAAUGACUACUCAAAACAUGCACAGUGCUAGGUACUCAGUGCUCUUAGAUGCUGGUUGGGGUCCUGAUGGGGUGCUGAAGGAUGAAGAAGCUUUAUGCCUGGAUGCGACAUUUUGUGGGAAUGUUGGGAGGUUCAUCAACCACAGAUGCUACGAUGCAAAUUUAGUUGAGAUCCCUGUUGAAGUGGAGACGCCAGAUCAUCACUAUUAUCAUUUUGCAUUUUUCACAACCAAGAAGGUGGAGGCAUUUGAGGAGCUCACGUGGGAUUAUGGUAUUGAUUUUGAUGGUGAUAAGCAUCCUGUCAAAUCAUUUGAAUGCUUGUGUGGAAGCAGAUACUGCCGCGGUAGAAAGCAUUCGAGGAGGCUAGGCAAAGCUGCUUCGAAAUGAAGCGUUGGCUGAAAGCGGCAGUGCAUGUUCUGGGAAAGCGAACGGACUAAUCAGUUUUAGAGUUUGUUACUGUUAGGGUGGUGGCUAAGAUGUCUUGUUAACCUAUGCUAUGCAGCUAUCAGGAGGAGACCUGAGCUUAUGCAUUGAUGAAGUGGCAGUCUGGUGUUGAAGGGGCCGGCUUGCAUUAUGGAAUGCAUACCAUGCCCGCUGUGCUUGACUGCGGAACGUGAAAUUCAAUGAGACUGAUGCAUACCAUGCUCGCUGUGCUUGACUGCGGAACGUGAAAUUCAAUGAGACUGACUGUAGUAGGCUCCCAGAUAAUAGCGGCAUCUUUGCUUGUAUCUAUGAAAGAUUUGUCAUGUUACUUGAUUGUUUCGUUAUGUUUCUGGGCAGCUCGCCAACUCAUCCAUGAAUGAGUACUGUCCCCAUGCAGUUCGCAUAUGCUACAUGGGGCAGGUUCCUUUUUUUAAAAAGAAAGAUCAAGCAUAUCCAAAAUAACAUUUUGGAGUAUUUUUUAAUUUUUAUAGUGACUAAUGUAGGUAAUUCAAAUUUAUUGUAUUGGCGGUUUUGAUGCAA